CUUAAUAUUCGUUGGUCAAUUAUGGAGCGGGUCAUUUGCAUGAAGAUGGAGGCAAUGUUGACAGCUUAUCGCAGCCUGAGGCCCAGAUGGUAUCUAUUUUUGUGGUUGAUGUGUGCCUCAGCUGUGGUCUUGGGCCACGCUUGGAGAUGCUCGUACAAAGAGUUUCCAGUGGACGACGAACGGAUAAAGGGCACUUGGUGGAUCUUCGCCUCGUAUCCUCAGUCAACCAACAGAUGCAUGUUUGAAGAGCUGGAUCUGUACUGGAGCCGCAUCACGUUGACGGACUACGACAACUUUGCCGUGGAGCUGCAUUGCUCGUUGCCCUGGUUUCGCCCGCAAAAGGUGAUUUAUACGCGUGCCAAGGAGCCCAGCGCACAGGUGCUCGAUCAGGUGGAAAACUAUCUGAACAGCGUGGAUUUAUCCUGGCGAGAUUUCCAUCUGGUGAAUAAGUCGAGUUGCCUGAAUCUCACAGGCGAGCCCAUUCAGCGCUGGCAUCUGUCCAAGUACAUGCAUUUGGACUAUAAUCCGCAUUAUGUGAAGCCCCUGGUAAUUGACAAGAACAUCUGAGCAGCUCUCUCGAACUUUCUUCAACAUCUGGCAAUUUGCAUAAAUGCCAAUUUUACGGGGCCAACCCGAUUAGUUUGUGGCGACUUAUUAAUCAAGCCCAGAGAGCCCACAACUAACGUGUAUGUACACUGAGCGAAAAAUAAAGGAACUUACGAAAAAGA